GCCAUUUCAUGAAAAAAUAUUAUAAUAAUCAAGAGAUAUUCAACAAGAAAAAUAUUAUAGAAGUUCUAUACGUGUUUAUACGUAGGAACCAAAAAUUGAAAGUAAUUAAAAAAUUAAGAAAGAGUGUUUCUGGCUAACCUGUAGCCAAAGAUUCAUUUUUAUCAUCUGAUUCUAAAAUUGAUAAGAAAGUAUUCGAAUUUGUAAUACUAAUUUAGUUGAGAAUAUCUUGUCUUCAAUAAUUAGUAUAAAUAAAUAAAGGUGGAAAGUUAUAGAACUUAUGGUCAUCUAUAGGAUUUCGAAAUACUGUACAGUAAUAAAUAUUAUAAUUUAUCAAAUAACCCAAUAAGAUAUUACCAGUCCCAUGAAAAUGAGAGAAA